GCAGAGCGCCCCGGCUCCGGAGCAUAAACAAGAGCGGGGAGGGAUGAGGCGGCGAUUGAUCCCGGGGCGGCGAACGGCGGCGACUCCGGCGGCGAGCGGGGCCCGGCGCCGACCCUGAGUGCACGCGACCCCGUCCCGCGCGCGAGCCUCCGGCCGGGACCACCCGCCCGCCGCGCGCCCACCAUGAACCUGGCCAGUCAGAGCGGCGAGGCUGGCGCCGACCAGCUGCUCUUCGCCAACUUCAACCAGGACGUCACCUGACACUGAAGACGUGUGCAUCGUGGAAAGAUUGUUCUCGAGCAGCUUGGUGGCCAUCGUCAGCCUCAAAGCUCCUCGGAAGCUGAAAGUUUGCCACUUUAAGAAGGGAACGGAGAUCUGCAACUACAGCUACUCCAACACCAUCCUGGCCGUGAAGCUGAACAGGCAGCAGGUGCUGAGUGCGUGCGGGCCAAGUUGUCUUCCCUGAUGCACCCUCCAGGGACUUCCAUCUUGAAGCGCAGCAAGAACAUGGACACCUGCAGAACAGCCUGGGUGCAGGGGGAGUUUCAUACUUUCAGGAAAUCCUUCGGCUUUCACCUUCAUCUUGCCGCGCCUCGUUCAACAGCAGUUUCUGUGACAUGGAGUCAGUGCAUAGUGAGGCGUCCUAGUGCAGCGGCAGUAGAGACGAGGCAGGCACGGGCUCUGCACGCCCUACGAGGCUCAUCGUGUGCCUGGAGGAGUCUCUGUACAUCCACAACAUUCGGGACAUGAAGGUGCUGCACACCAUCCGGGAGACGCCCCCGAACCCGGCGGGCCUGUGCGCGCUGUCCAUCAACAAUGACAACUGCUACCUGGCCUACCCCGGCAGCGCCACCAUUGGAGAGGUGCAGGUCUUCGACACCAUUAACCUGCGAGCUGCCAACAUGAUUCCCGCUCACGACAGUCCUUUGGCCGCGCUGGCCUUCGACGCCAGUGGAACCAAGCUCGCCACUGCUUCCGAGAAGGGGACCGUGAUUAGGGUGUUUUCCAUUCCAGAGGGACAGAAACUCUUUGAGUUCCGGAGAGGAGUUAAGAGGUGUGUGAGCAUCUGCUCGCUGGCCUUCAGCAUGGAUGGCAUGUUCCUCUCCGCCUCCAGCAACACAGAGACAGUGCACAUCUUCAAACUCGAGACUGUGAAGGAAAAGCCGCAGGAGGAGCCCUCCACCUGGACCGGCUACUUCGGGAAGAUGCUCCUGAACUCCACCAGCUACCUGCCCGCCCAGGUCACAGAGAUGUUCAACCAGGGCAGGGCCUUCGCCACAGUCCGCCUGCCCUUCUGCGGCCACAAGAACAUCUGCUCCCUGACCACAAUUCAGAAGAUCCCCCGACUGCUGGUGGGAGCGUCCGACGGGUACUUGUACAUGUACAACCUGGACCCCCAGGAGGGUGGCGAGUGCACCCUCAUGAAGCAGCACAAGUUGGAUGGCAGCAUGGAGACAACCAAUGAGAUCUUAGACUCGGCCUCUCACGACUGCCCCUUGGUAACUCAGCCCUACGGCACCGCUGUAGCCAAAGGCACCCACGCGCCUGCAUCUCCCACGAGACUGGCCUACGCGGACGAGCUGGGCGCCGUGGGCGGCGCGUGCCUGGAGGAGGAAGCCAGCGCCCUGCGGCUGGAGGAGGACAGUGAGCACCCUCCCAUGAUUCUGCGGACGGACUGAACUUGAGCUGUGAACUCUGACCCCACAGCAGAGAACACUGGCUGACAGAGGACUUUGUGUUAUGCUGCUACGAACUUUGACCUGAGUUGGGGGAGAGGAUGGCAGAGACUUAAAAAGAGGAAAAGGUUGUAGUUGUAGUCUCUUUCCCGACUGAGAAAUACAUGGUUUUCACUUCAGUGGCUUUUAAUCUGCUAUGAAUUCUAGCUUUUUGUUUGUUUUCUCUUUUUGCCAAAAUUAACUGGUAAAGCCCUUGAAACCUUGCUUUGUUUGCAUGCAUUCAUGUGCCAAGCCAGCACAGGGCAGCCAGGAGCCACUGGCUACCAGCGGCCGUGUGGUUUCUCGGCUGUGCGCACGGGGCGCGCAGUGCGGAGCAGGCCUGCUAGUCCAGCUGGUUCUGCUCGACCGGGCCCGGGCCCGGGCGGGUGGAGGGUCCUCCCAAGCCCCUCCUGGACCAUGUCCUCCUCUUUAUUUUGUUAAUUAAAUUUUUUCCAAAUUGGA